CCUAAAAUUCGAUAUCUCUUUUGAAUUUUUUAGCCCUAGCCCUUGGUCCAAUUCCUAUUUUAGGGUUUUGUUUUUCUCUCACUGCUCUAAACUUCAAGCUCUAAACUUUUUUGCGUUCGGCUGCUCAAGCCCAAUUAACCUCCUUUCGUCUUCUCCUUUCUCUUCCUCCUUUGCGGUUCCCUCUGUUACCCAAAAUUUAAAAUAUUAUUCUUUUAAUUCCUUCAAUUUCAGAAAAUAGAAAACUAUAUCUAAAACCUUCUUGUUUUGGAUAUGCUUCAAUGGUUUUGCCGGUGAAACAAGGUGAGAUGGAGACUGCAACCAUUCCUGUUACCAUGCCUGUUACACCUAUUACUCCUACUGACAAUAAUGAGCCACUUAGUUCUGAAGUACAGCCCAAUAAACGUAGGAGGAAGAAGUCUAUUGUCUGGGACCAUUUUACUGUGGAGACUGUAGGAGAUGGAUGUAUCAGGGCCUGCUGUAAUCAUUGCAAGAAAUCAUUUGCAUACAUUUCUGGUUCAAAGCUAGCUGGCACUAGCCACCUUAAAAGACACAUUGCCUUGGGAAUCUGCCCAGUGAGCCGUAACAGAAAUCAACAGACACUAGACUCUAAAACUAGUAAUGCUACUGAUGAACCAAAAAAAAGGUACCGAGCAACUCCUGGAUAUGCAAACAUUCCGUUUAACCAGGAACGGUGCAACCAUGAGAUAGCUAAGAUGAUCAUACUGCAUGAGUAUCCCAUACACAUCGUGGAACACCCUGGUUUUAUUGAUUUUGUGAAGACUCUUCAACCCCAGUUCAAUAUGGUGAGCUUCAAUACUAUUCAGGGAGAUUGUGUUGCUAUGUACCUGAAAGAGAAGCAAAGCCUUCUCACUUUUAUCAGCAAAAUUCCAGGACGAGUCAGCCUUACAUUAGAUUUGUGCAUUUCAAAUCAAACUGUGGGCUAUGUUUUCCUAACAGGACAAUACAUUGAUAGUGAAUGGAAUUUGCAUCGCUGCCUGCUUAAUGUAGUCAUGGUACCUUCUCUUGAUUCAGACAGUGCGUUACAGCAAGCUGUUGUGUCCUGCCUAUCUGAUUGGCAUUUGGAGAAUAGGCUAUUUACCCUCACUCUUGAUCAGUUCACAAAUGAAAACAUAAAUGGAAGUCUGAGAGCCCUAUUUUCCGUGAGGAACCCUUAUAUGUUUCAUGGUCAGUUAUUGGUUGGAAAUUGCUUUGCUCGUGUUAUAAGUCUUCUUGCACAAGAGGUGCUAUGGGCUGUGGGGGAAACUGUGAAGAAAAUCCGAGAAAGUGUCAAGUUUGUGAAAACUUCUGAUACUCAUGAAGAGACAUUUUUUCAUCUGAGGGAACAACUUAAAGUCCCUAGCAUGAAAGACAUAUUCAUUGAUGACCAAGCAAAAUGGAACACAACAUAUGACAUGUUGGUGGCUGCCUGUGAACUAAAGCAAGUAUUUCUUUGCUUGGAAACCUCUAUUCCUGAUUAUAACAUAGCCCCAUCAAUGGAUGAUUGGAAGCAGGUGGAAAUUCUCUGCAGAUACUUGAAGCUUUUCUUCGAUGCUGUCAGUAUUUUAAGUGCCCCAACAUACCCGACUGCCAGUGCAUUCUACCAUGAAGUGUCAAAAGUUCAAUUAGAGUUGACGCAUGCAGCAAUGAACAAUGACCCCUUCAUCAGCAACUUGACCAAACCUUUGAAGGAGAAGUUUGAUAGAUACUGGAGUGACUGCUUCUUAGUUUUGGCUGUUGCUGUGAUAAUGGAUCCAAGAUUCAAAAUGAAACUUGUUGAGUUUAGCUUCUCUAGGAUAUAUGGUGAGGAUGCUGGAAUGUGGAUUAAGAUUGUUGAUGAUGGUAUUCAUGAGCUCUACCUUGAAUAUAUUGCACAAGCACUCUCUCCGCCUGAAACAUUUGUGGAAGAACGGAAUGGGGGCCUCAUCCCCAAAACUGAACCCCCUGAAGAAGGAUACCUUCUAGAGGCACCACCUGAAGAAGGAUACCUUCAAGAGAGACCACCUCGAGAAGGAUACCUUCAAGAGGGACCACCUGAAGAAGGAUACCUUCAAGGGGGACCACCUCAAGAAGUAUCUUAUCAGGAAGUAGCUCAUCAAGAAAUAGCUCUUCAAGAAAUAUCCCAUCAGGAAAUAGCCCCUCAAGAAAUACCUUCUCUAGAUCCUCUUAUUUCUAUUGGAGAUGGACUCUCAGAUUUUGAGGUAUAUAUCUCUGAGAUCAGUGGUAGCCAGCUGAUGAAAUCAGAAUUGGAUCAAUAUCUUGAAGAGUCUCUUUUGCCUCGGAUACAAGAUUUUGAUAUUUUGGGCUGGUGGAAACUAAACCAGACAAAGUAUCCCACUCUCUCGAGGAUGGCUUCUGACAUUUUGUCAAUACCAUUUUCGACUGUUGGUCCGGAUUCUGUUUUUGACACACACAGAAAAAAGAUGGAUAAUUACCGCAGCUCAUUGCGUCCGGUGACACUUGAAGCUCUGAUAUGUGCAAAGGAUUGGCUCCAGUAUGGAGCAUCACAGAGUACCAAUGCAAGUGUGAGGAUGGAAUUCUAGGUAUAGAUUUUGUUUUCAUCUUUUACAGGAUACAGUAGAUAGGUCUCUUAGUUGUGUCUCGUGUCAUUAUAAAUCCUAUUCCCUUUCAUAUUUUCAUUAGAUGUUUUAUAGGAUUCGGAUUAACUAAUCAUGGAAUUGACAUCAUUCUUGGAUUCAGUGAAUCAAUUCCUUAGAUUCAAAUAAUUAUCUUUUGUGGUGUUUUUAAGCUCCCUUUAUUUGAUGCAUUCUUUCCUUAUAUAACUUAUUUUUAAAUCUGUUGAGUAAUUGGCAGC